AUGGUUAAAGACACUGAAUAUUAUGACGUCUUGGGAAUCUCGCCAGAUGCUGAUGAGGUUCAGAUCAAGAAAGCCUAUAGGAAAAAGGCAAUGUUGACCCAUCCAGAUAAGCAUCCAGAUGAUCCAGAUGCAGCCAAAAACUUUCAAGAAGUCGGUGAAGCAUAUCAAGUUUUGAAAGAUCCAGAAUUAAGAAAGAAGUAUGAUCAAUUUGGUAAAGACGAAGCGAUUCCAGUUGAAGGAUUUGAAGAUCCUGGCGAUUUUUUUAAGACAAUGUUUGGUGGUGAAGCGUUUUUAGAUUGGAUAGGAGAGUUGUCAUUAUUGAAAGAUUUAACCAAGAAUAUACCAAAGUUGGAAACAAUUAAUAUUAAUGAAAACAAUGAAACUGGAAACAGUAAAUUUAAUAAUCCCAACAAGACAGAUACACAAGUGAUUAAGCCCGAAGCUGGAGCCAAUACAGGGGCGGGAAAGAGACCUAAGUUAACGAAGGAGCAACGAGAAGAGCUUAUAAGGUUGGAGAAGGAAAGAAAGGAAGCCAAAGCUAAAAGAGUUGAGGAACUAAGUAAGAAGUUGAUUGACAGGAUGGAUACUUUAGUGAAUUCGAAAUUGGAUGAGAAAUCGAAAAAAGCAUUUAAAGAGAAGUUGGAUUUGGAGAUUGAAUCGAUGAAAUUGGAGAGUUUUGGGAUUGAAUUGUUGCAUACUAUUGGGAAGAUUUAUAUUUCAAAGGCGUCUAGUUUUUUAAAGGCGCAAAAGACAUUUGGGUUGGCUAAGAUUUUCAGCAGUGCAAAGGAAAAGGGAUCGCAAGUCAAGGGAGUUUGGAAUAUAUUAUCUACUGCUAUGGAUGCGCAGUCUGCGAUGGAAGAAAUGGUUAAAAAUCAAGAAAAACUAUCAAAUUCGAAUAGUGAGAUUGAUCCAUAUCUUCAGGCUGAGAUGGAACGAAAUAUCACAGGAAAAUUUAUUGCGACAGCAUGGGUUUCAAGCAAGUAUGAAAUCAAAGGGGUAUUACGAGAUGUUUGCGAUAAAGUAUUGAAUGACAAGAGUGUUGAUUCCAAAACAAGAACAUUGAGGUCUAAAGUUUUGCUUAUAAUUGGUAGCGAGUUUAAAAAUGCGCAAAGAUCUGAGUUGGAAGAAGAGGAAGCACAGGUAUUUGAGGAAUUGAUGUUUGAUGCG